AUGGGGUGCGCUGAACUUGCUGCAUCGCGGCGGCCGUCGCGGCGCAAGAUCCAAGUCACCCUCCCACAACAGCAACUCAUGGGCGCGCGCUCCACCAAUGCUCACGACGACAAUAUCCGUGGGGUCGAGGAUCACGAAGAGGUCGGCGUUGGCACGACGUCAUUGCAGGCAUCAGCAGACCCUUCCUAUCACAGUCAACGCCACCCGAGCCAAAGCUCAGGCCCAGACAACCUCGAACAAGAACAGGAGGAACAGCAAGAGCAGCACCGGAGGAGGCGAAAGGGCAAGGGCAUCAUCGGUCGAUGGCGGCUCAAGUCGCCCAAGUGGAUAUCGCACACGACGCAGGCAGCGCGCCGUGACAGAGAGCAGCUGACGUCCGCGUCGAUGCCAAACCUCAGCACCUCUAGCAACGGCGGCAGCAGUAGGCCACACCCAGCCAACAACAUGCUUGUGCAACGAACACCGAGCACGCACCAUCCAUCACGCCCAAGUGUGCCCUCCCCGCUCUCCCUCAGUAUGUCGCCUGCAGAGCAGUCGCGCCGCUCCCAGUCGCCGGCAUUCCAGCCUGUUCACGACACCGACAACAUCAACGGUGAUGACGAAGAUGACAACGAUGCUGACAAGGGCGGCGAUGACGAACACGUUGGCGCCAUGAGGGGACACGGCAACGUGGACAGCCAUGAUGAUGGUACUCCGGGCGCCUGCUUUGCGUCGCAUGCGCGGCACUCGUUCUCUGGUUUUCUCAACGCCAGCUGGAGCGGCAUUUCCCGCGUGUCGGGGUGGUCGCUUGCAUGGGCCGAGCGUGCCAACGCCAGUGACAGCAGCACCAACGCCGAUGACAACGUCGACAGGAAGGGCGGGGUCGAUGGUGACCAAGGUGAUGACGCUGCUGCUCACGGUCACGGUGAGGGCGAGGCAGCCGAAGAAGGACAGGCCAGGCCACAAGGUGCGCAGCAGCGAGGCGAUGAAGUGGCGACAACUGCACGUGGCAGCAUGUCUCGCACUGGCUUGAGCCGGCACAGUGCACGCAGCAACAACAGCAACAACAGCACUGCCAGCAGUAGCAGCAACAACAGCAGCAGCAACGGAGGCGGCAGUACCACCAACGGCAACAACAGAGGGAGUGUGGCAGACAACGAAGCUGAUGACGAUGAUGACGGUGAUGAUGGUGACGGCGAUGAUGAGGACGGCGUUACGGUCGAGGGGCAACGCAGCUACACACAUCUGCUGCGCCCUGGCAGCAUGCAGUCGCCACGGCGGCGGCGCCGGUCGCUGCUACCACGCGACAGCCACGAGAGCACGACAGCGCCAACAACGGCACCAACUACGCCGGCCACGGCGAGUGGAGAGGACAGUGCUUCGCACGAUGCUGUGUCCGACACCCAGGCUCCCUCACGCCAACAGAGACGACGACAACGACAACGGCAACAGCAGCAGCAGCAGCCACAGCAGCAACAACAGCAACAACAACAACAACUACAAGAGCCGGCACGACGGCGGAGGCGGAAGCUGUUUCGUCGGCGUCGCUCGUCGUCACCAGCGCAUCGUAUGCCAUCUCGCCAAGCUGGCGCGUGUACACGUGCCACUGCAAGAACAGCAUCAGCAGCAACAGCGUCGUCACUGUCGCCGUCACCACGUCAGGACAACACGCCAGCGAACGCCAACGGCAACGGCACCAGCACGGGACCUGCAUCGACACCUGCCACAGCCAAGGCCACGCCAGCGACUGAAAGCGGUGGUGUUGUUGCGGCUGUUCGAGACCUGUGGCAGCAGCUGUACGAGGACGCGCUGUCAAGCCGCGCUGUCCAAAUCGCGUGCGCCGUUGUGGUGGUGCUGUUGGUUGUGUUGUUGCUGUCAUUGAUGUUUGGUGGAGGUGGUGGACCUGGUGUGCUGGAUCGACGCACACUGCUCCGCCUUGCAAACCUGGAAGGGCAGGCCAGCGUGUACGCGCAGUUUGGGCACGAGGAUCAACUGCGAGCGGCGUUGAAGGAGGCAGCAACACUGCUGCGGCUGAAGUGCCCGGACAAGCUCACGCUCACCGGCCUGAACGUGGCCAACCACUUGUUGCGCCGUGACGGCGACCUUGUGCACCUCGGAAACAUUUUCACCUGUCGCUCCAGCACCACCAACAACCCCUAG